CUUACAGAGACUCCAGCAGCAGUGUUUGUUGUAGAUGAAUGAGAAAGACACAGCUCCAGCUCUCCACUGAAGCCCGUCCCUGAACAAACAUGUCUGAGGCUGAACCGGUCUCGGCCUCGGCCCCGGAGGCCGCCGCCGCCGCCGUCCUGGAAGCCCUGAACGCCACGGACUCGAACGGGACCGAGGCGCUCAACGCGACGGCUAAAUUCGUGGCCACACCGGAGGGCACGGCGCUGGCUUACGGCGGCCUGGUGUUCAUGGCGCUGCUGCCCAUCUUCUUCGGAGCCAUACGGUCCGUCAGCUGCUCUAAAUCCAAGGAGCUUGGAGACAAUGAUUACGACUCUGGGUUCAGAAAUGCAUCAGACAUGCCAGAGACCAUCACCAGCCGGGACGCUGCGCGGUUCCCCAUCAUCGCCAGCUGUACUCUGUUUGGACUCUACCUCUUCUUUAAGGUGUUCUCUCAGGAGUACAUCAACCUGCUGCUCUCCAUCUACUUCUUCGGUCUUGGCGUCCUGGCUCUGUCGCACACGAUGAGCCCUCUCAUGUCCAGAAUCUUUCCAGCUUCUUUCUCAAACAAACAGUUCCAGCUGCUCUUCACUCAGGGCUCCGGAGAGUCCAAAGAAGAAAUAGUGAACUACGAGUUUGACACAAAGAACCUGGUGUGUCUGCUCAUCAGCAGCGUGGUGGGAGUGUGGUACCUGUUCAAAAAGCACUGGAUCGCCAACAAUCUGUUUGGUUUGGCGUUCGCCCUGAAUGGCGUGGAGCUGCUCCACCUGAACAACGUCAGUACCGGUUGCAUCCUGCUGGGGGGGCUGUUUGUCUACGACGUCUUCUGGGUGUUUGGGACCAACGUCAUGGUAACAGUCGCCAAGUCCUUUGAAGCACCAAUCAAACUGGUGUUUCCUCAGGACUUGUUGGAGAAAGGUCUUGGAGCGAGUAACUUUGCCAUGUUGGGUCUUGGAGACAUCGUCAUCCCGGGGAUCUUCAUCGCUCUGCUGCUGCGCUUUGACGUCAGCUUGAAGAAGAACAGCAGGACGUACUUCUACUCCAGUUUCCUCGCCUACAUCUUCGGACUGGGACUCACCAUCUUCGUCAUGCACACCUUCAAACAUGCACAGCCUGCUCUGCUCUACCUCGUCCCGGCCUGCGUCGGCUUCCCCGUCAUCGUAGCGCUGCUCAAAGGAGAGCUCACAGAGAUGUUCAGGUACGAGGAGACUCCGCCCGAGGAGGAGGGGUCUAAAGAGGAAUCAUCAGAAUCAGAGAAAAAGGACCAAUAGCAUCUGUCGCUGCCCCCCCCCCCCCCCCCCCCCCCUUCAAACACUUCUCAUCCAGCCUGCUGCCACCACAUUUCACUGAAGCCCCGCCCUCUCCCGCCUCUCCAGCUUCCUGUUUGUCGCUGGGGGAAGCGGGGCUCAUGUAGCCAAAACGUGUUUGUCUCCAAUCGCCAUGGAAACGGCCGCUGGUCUCCAUGGUAACGGCUGCUGUGGUGGUGUUUCUGAUUUAAAGAUUGUUUCGAUGCAGACUCUGUGCCGGCCACGAUCCCUCUCUCCGUCUCCAAACUGCUCGCACACACAAACGGUUCACGUCGUUUCAGUCUGAAAAACAAACGCCACGUCUGAUCGUCUCGUGUGUUCGCAGCUCGCCGACUCAGAUUGACCAGGAAACCGUGUUGAGUCUUUAAAGAGUUAAAUAAGCGCUUCUUUCUGCUUUUUAUUUCUGAACUAAGGACCACGACGAUUCUCUUCAUUUAAACCCCGCCCCCCGCCUCGUGGUUUUCUGUCUCUUAUUUGGCGCCGACUCGCUCGCUCACUCUGCCUUCUGCUUUCUCACAUCAGCAGUUUUUGUUUGUUUUUUCUUCAGUUUUAUUUUUGUCCAGAACUUUAAGAUGGAAAA